CUGGGACACAUGGACCAAAUUCAGUAUAAAGCAUGCUCCAUCAUUGUUUACAGAAUUACGGAUUUGGCGAGAAAGGACUUUAUCUUCAUGCAGAUAAUUGCGGAGGUCAAAAUAAGAAUAGAUACACACUGGCGUAUCUUUGUUGGAGAGUAAACAGAGGGUUACAUGAACACAUUCAAUUGAAUAUGGCUAUUCCCGGGCAUACAAAGUGUCUUGUCGAUGGUGGCUUCGGGCGAAUUAAAAAGCUAUUCAAGAGGUCUGAUUGCGAGAGUCUGAGUCAAUUUGCAGACAUUGUGGAUAAAUCGGCAAGGAACAAUUUCCCUGUUUUAUAUCGAAAUGAAAACAAUGAUCAAAACAGGGAAAUG